GAAGCUACAACUACUGAUAUCUCACAUUGUUCUACAAGAUGGAUACAUGAAGAUGGAUACCUGAAGUACAGACAUCCUAGAGGAGCUCUCUACCCAAGACCUCCAGCAGCCACACCAGAUGAUUGUGGGCGCUUGAGUUUUCUAUGAGGCCUCUCCUGCUGUGCUGGGUCUCCACCAACUGGUGCCCAACCAAACAUUCCCACCCAAGGUUAUAUGCUAGAGAAGGAAGAAUGCCUUCCCCACAGCCAGUUCUUGGUGAAAUGAAGAACUGCUGAUAUAGCAAAGUCCUAAAAAGAAGAAAGAUUACUCUACAGUUGCUAAAGCCUCGUGGAAGGUUUUACUUGUAGAUCAACUUUCAAAAUGUAGGAAGGCAGAAUGGAUGACAUCAUCAGAAAACUAUGUGGAGCUGAUCUUAACAAGAAGUGAAGAAACCAGAGCAAGAAAGCCGUUAUAACUCCUGAGCCCAGGGAGCUGGCAGCGGCCUGGGCUUCAGAGCAUCCAGCACGUCUGAGCUGUCUAAAAGUGAAGCUCUGCUGUACUACUCUUCUUCGGGCUGCAAGAUCUGAAUGUUAUGACGAAUAAUUUGUUGAACCAAGACUCUGAGGCUGAUAUGCAAUGUCACUUACAACAUUAAUCAGAUACUGCAUUUAAGCGCUCGUAUCAGUGGCUUGAUUUUCAGCAAAUGUGACAGUGGCCUUUGCAGUGGUCAGCUCCCGGCUUUGAACUCUCAGAGGAGAAAGGGGAAAAAAUUCAACACACCACCUCCUUGGUUUGCAGCCUCAGAGAAACCCUGGAUGAGAAACUUCUUUUUUCAAUCCUGUUUUCCUGUUGAUAAAUUCAGUUCUCUUGAUCACUUUAUGUUCAAGCUGUUCUGCGUAUGAUUUUUUUUUUUUUUUUUUUUUUUUGGUUACAAUUGCAUCUAAAACUUGUGAGCAAGAAGACGGAGAAAUCAGUUGGUUGGUCUCCAUCGCUUUACAUAAAAUGGCUGAGUGUCUUGUCAUGCUAGCACUGCAUUAAGUGAUACAUACAGAUCUUGAUGUGGAGGAGAUGGAAGACUUAGAACGGAGGAUUUUCAAGUGAUUUCUUGCAAAGCACAGGAAACUGACUCUGUUAAAGCUGGUCUGUUCUAACUGAGAUGACAGUCAUGUCCCUUUCCAGAGACCUCAAGGACGACUUUCACAGUGACACAGUGCUCUCCAUCUUAAAUGAGCAGCGUAUUCGGGGCAUUUUAUGUGAUGUCACCAUCAUUGUGGAAGACACCAAAUUUAAAGCCCACAGCAAUGUCCUGGCUGCAUCAAGCCUUUAUUUCAAAAAUAUAUUUUGGAGCCAUACAAUCUGUAUUUCCAGCCAUGUCCUAGAGCUGGAUGAUCUCAAAGCUGAAGUGUUUACAGAAAUACUCAAUUAUAUCUACAGCUCCACAGUUGUCGUCAAGAGACAGGAAACAGUCACUGAUCUUGCAGCUGCAGGGAAAAAGCUGGGGAUAUCAUUCUUGGAAGAUCUUACCAAUCGCAGCUUCUCAAAUUCCCCAGGCCCCUAUGUAUUCUGCAUCACUGAGAAGGGAGUGGUUAAAGAAGAAAAAAAUGAUAAAAGGCAUGAAGAAUCAGCCAUCACUAAUGGGCCAAGGAUCACAAAUGCAUUUUCCAUCAUUGAAACGGAAAAUAGUAAUAACAUGUUUUCUCCACUGGACUUGAGGGCAAGUUUCAAAAAGGUCUCGGACUCCAUGAGAACAAAUACCCUUUGCCUAGAGAGGACUGAUGUCUGCCAUGAGGCAGAGCCCGUCCGUACCCUGGCGGAGCACUCAUAUGCUGUUUCUUCUGUGGCAGAAACUUACAGAAGUCAGCCUGUACGUGAACCUGAUAGCAGCUCACCUAGUAAAACGAGUAAAGAAAAUUGUGAAGCUCCUUCAGCAAAGUCAAAAACAUGCCGAAAGCCAAAGCCACUCUCCAUACCCCAGGAUUCUGAAUCAACUACAGAAAAUAUACCACCCCCUCCAGUUACCAACUUAGAGGUUAAUCAAGAAAGAAGUCCACAGCCAGCUGCAAUUCUUUCUCAUUCAAAAUCUCCCAAUCAUGAAGGAGAUGCCCAUUUUCCCAGAGAAGAGGAAAAUAAAUCCUCCGAUGUUCCUGGGCCACCAGCAGCAGAGGUUCCACCCCUUGUUUACAAUUGUAGCUGUUGUUCCAAAUCCUUUGACAGCAGUGCUUUGCUCAGUGCCCACAUGCAGCUUCACAAGCCAACCCAGGAGCCUUUAGUGUGCAAGUACUGCAAUAAACAGUUCACCACCCUAAACAGAUUGGAUCGGCACGAACAGAUCUGUAUGAGGUCAAACCACAUACCCAUUCCUGGAGGAAACCAACGCUUUUUAGAAAACUACCCUACCAUUGGCCAAAAUGGAGGUUCAUUCACAGGUCCAGAAUCUUUAUUAUCUGAAAAUAAGAUUGGUGAAUUUCCCAGUACUGGAAAUACCUUGCCAGAAACAGACCACAUGGUUAAAUUUGUUAAUGGGCAAAUGCUCUAUAGUUGUGUUGUGUGCAAACGUAGUUAUGUGACUUUAUCCAGCCUCCGAAGACAUGCAAAUGUUCACUCAUGGAGAAGAACAUACCCUUGCCAUUACUGCAACAAAGUAUUUGCAUUGGCUGAAUACAGGACAAGACAUGAAAUUUGGCAUACAGGAGAAAGACGGUAUCAGUGCAUUUUCUGCCUUGAAACUUUCAUGACUUACUAUAUACUCAAAAACCAUCAGAAGUCUUUCCAUGCCAUAGAUCACAGACUUUCCAUCAGUAAAGAAACGGCCAAUGGAGGCUUGAAGCCUAGUGUGUAUCCAUAUAAACUUUAUAGGCUACUGCCUAUGAAAUGCAAGAGGGCUCCUUAUAAGAGCUACCGAAAUGCUUCCUAUGAAAAUGCUCGAGAAAACAGUCAAAGUGAGACUGAACCUGGCACCUAUGUUAUUCAGAACCCACACAGCUCUCAGUUACCUGCACUGAAUUUCCAAGACAGUGUAAACACCUUGACAGACAGCCCUGCCAUCCCAUUGGAAGCACCUGCAUGUCAAGACAUACCCCCUUCCACUAAUGUACAAAACGCAGAGGGCACCAAGUGGGGAGCAGAGGCAUUGAAAAUUGAUCUUGCGAGUAACUUUUAUUCGACUGAGGUGUCAGUUUCCUCCAAUGAAAAUGCUGUCGGUUCUGACCUCCAGGCAGAGGAUAUGCGUGUUUUCCCUUUGAGCAAGGGCAGUGAGAACUCAGCCUCUGUGAUCAGCUACAGUGGCUCAGCCCCUUCGGUUAUUGUUCACAGUAGCCAGUUUCCAUCGGUGAUAAUGCACAGCAAUGCCAUUACAGCCGUGACCAGCAAUAACAGCAGGGCCCCUUCAGACCCAGGCAUCAGUCAGUCCCUCAGAGAUGAUGGCAAACCUGAGCCAGACAAAGUGGGUAGAGUUGCAAGCAGACCUAAAACCAUUAAGGAGAAAAAAAAAAUUAUGCCAUGCCACAAAGGAGAAAUACCAGAGGAGUCAACAUAUGUUGCUGAUCCCGGAGGGUCACCGAGCAAAACCACAAAUACCACUGAAGAAACCAGUAAAAUUGAAACCUACAUUGCAAAACCUGCUUUGCCAGGAACCUCCACAAAUAGUAACGUUGCACCUCUUUGCCAAAUAACAGUGAAAAUUGGGAAUGAGGCCAUUGUGAAAAGGCAUAUCCUAGGAUCCAAAUUGUUCUAUAAAAGAGGAAGAAGGCCCAGAUAUCAAACGCAGGAGGAAAGUUUGCCACAGGACAGUGAGCCGGAAACCAGUGCAGGCAGCCCACUUGGGCUUUGCCAGUCUGAGUGCAUGGAGAUGAGUGAAAUGUUUGAUGAUGCAAGCGACCAGGAUUCCACUGACAAGCCAUGGCGCCCUUACUACAACUACAAACCCAAAAAGAAAUCCAGACAGUUGAGAAAAAUGAGGAAAGUCAACUGGAGGAAAGAACAUGGAAACAGGAGCCCAAGCAAUAAGUGUAAAUAUCCAGCAGAACUGGAUUGUGCCGUGGGGAAGGCCCCUCAGGAUAAGGCUUUUGAAGAAGAUGAAAAUAAAGAGAUGCCCAAGCUACAGUGUGAACUCUGCGAUGGCGAUAAAGCUUCAGCCACUGGAAACCCAGGAAGGCCCCACCGACACCUCACUUCCAGGCCUUAUGUCUGUGAGCUCUGCGCCAAACAAUUCCAGAGCCCUUCCACACUCAAAAUGCACAUGAGAUGUCAUACAGGAGAGAAGCCAUACCAGUGCAAGACCUGUGGACGGUGCUUCUCAGUGCAAGGAAACUUGCAGAAACACGAACGCAUCCACCUGGGCGUGAAGGAGUUCGUCUGUCAGUAUUGCAGUAAGGCGUUCACAUUGAAUGAAACCCUCAAAAUCCAUGAAAGAAUCCACACAGGCGAAAAGCGUUAUCACUGUCAGUUCUGCUUUCAGAGUUUUUUGUAUCUCUCUACAAAACGAAAUCAUGAGCAGAGGCAUAUUCUGGAGCAUAAUGGGAAGGGCUAUGCCUGCUUCCAGUGCCCCAAAAUUUGCAAAACAGCUGCUGCCCUUGGAAUGCACCAAAAGAAACACUUAUUCCGAAGUCCAAGUCAGCAGGAGAAAAUAGAAGGUGACAUGUGCCAUGAAAACUCAAAUCCCUUGGAGAAUCGACAUUUCAUUGAUUCAGAAGACAAUAACCAAAAGGAUAAUGUACAAACCGUUGUUGAAAAUGUUGUCCUUUGAGUGGUGUUAGUUAGAAAAAUUUUCAAAAAUAAAAGUU